UAAUUAAAAUAAACAUUCAGGUUUUAGUUUUUCAAAGAAAGUGUUCGUUUGUUUUAUUUCUCAUUUGUUUUAAGAUAACUGUAUCAAUCUCAGACAGGUUAGUUAAUUAGUUUGCCAGGUGAUCUUAGUUAAAGAGAACCCUACUUAAAGAGGUUGUUCCAUAUUAUUAAGCAAGUCACAGUUCUCAUGCAAUAUGGGAAGAAAGAUCUUUCUGAAGAUGAAAAGCAUGAAAUAGUGCAAUGUCUUGCAAAAGGCAUGAAAACAACUGAUAUAUCGCGAAAACUGAAUAGAGAUCAUCGAACUGUCAAAAGAUUUGUGAAUGAUUCAUAGCACAGAAGAAUUUGAUCAGAUAAAGGCUUAUUAAGAAAGGUUUCUGUCAGACAAAUUAAUGUUAUUAAAAGUGCAGCUAUAAAAAAGCCACUGUUGAGCAGCAAACAGGUAUUUGAAGCUGCUGGUGUCUCUGAAGUCCCAAGAACCUCUCGAUGCAGGAUCCUUCAGAGGCUGGCAGUUGUGCAUAAAGCUGCAUUUCGGCCACCCCUAACCAAAGCUCACAAAGAGAAACGUUUGCAGUGGGCUCAGAAUUACAUGAAGACUAAUUUUCAAACAGUUUUAUUCUCUGACGAAUGCCGUGCUACACUGGAUGGUCCAGAUGGAUGGAGUUCUGGAUGGCUGGUGAAUGGCCACCCUGUUCCAACAAGACUGAGACGUCAACAAGGAGGUGGUGGAGUGAUUAUUUGGGCUGGAAUAUUGGGAAGUGAGAUGGUAGGUCCCUUUAGGGUCUCUGACAGUGUCAAAAUGACCUCUGCAAGAUAUGUGGAGUUUCUAACAGACCAUUUUCUGCUAUGGUAUAAAAAGAAGAAUCGUGCCUUCUGAAAUAAAAUGAUUUUCAUGCAGGACAACGCACCAUCCCAUGCUGCAAAAAACACCAUUGACUCCUUGAUUGCUAUGGGCAUAAAAAGAGAUGAUGGUGUGGCCACCAUCAUCCCCUGACCUCAAUCCUAUUGAGAACCUGUUGAGCAUCCUUAAAAGGAAGAUCUAUGAGGGUGGGCGGCAGUAUACCUCCAAACAACAGCUCUGGGAAACAAUACUGGCAUCCUCAAAUGAAAUACUGGCAGAAACUAUACAUGCACUUACAAGUUCAAUGGAUGAGAGAGUCAGGAUAAGCAAUCUAUCAACAGGAGUCUGCAGCUGCGUGUAAGUGUGUUUAUUUCAUUGUUUUACUUUGUUGAAGAGUGGUAUUCAUUGCUAGACUUGUGCUGUUUGUUUACUGUCUUGAACCCGCGUCGUUUAUAUGAAGGUUGGUGUGUGUGUGUGUGCUAUAUUGAUUUUGACUUGUCCCAGGUUACUCACUGCUAGAUUUAGCAUUGAUUGGCCAGUGUGUGUGUAAAACUAUCGUGGUUUUUAGUGUUUAUAAACAGUGCUUCACUUGUUUUAGGGUAUUAUUUAUUGCUAAAGUGCAGCAUAAUUUAUUUGCGGUGCACGGAAGUCGCAAUUGUCACCUCGCGUUACCCUUAGUUUCGGCUGACCACGUGACUAGCUUUGUUGUGCUAAGUAGCAUUAAGGCGUGUCCUGCCUUUUUCAUUGAACGGCUCAUUAUCAUCGCGUAUAUAUUUGACUCGAAUGCUGACGCGGAAGCAGCAGCGGAAGUGGUAGCCCUCGUGUAAAGCCCUACUUGUGUAAAGACCAGCGAGUCUACCUGUGCGAGUCCACCGAGCAAGGACACCGACAAGGCGCCACUCACCAUAGCACUUAAGUAUCUUGUUAUUGUAUCUCUUUUCCUUCUAUAUACUAACAUGUCUACUUCACUAAUAACACAUGCCUUCAGGCACAUCCCUGUUAUCUGUUACAGACCGUUUACACGAUAUCGAUGCAAGACCAAAUGCAACCCACACAACCUACGGCCACUUUGCACUUCAGCACCUGCUCCGCUCUCUUUCUCAGUGGGACUCUGGAACUGCCAGUCAGCUGUGAACAAAGCUGACUUCAUUCCAGCUUUUGCCACGCAGUCCACCCUCAGCAUCCUGGCACUGACAGAAACAUGGAUACAUCCAGAGGAUACAGCAACACCUGCUACUCUCUCCAACAACUUCUCCUUCUCUCACACUCCUCGACACACUGGUAGGGGUGGGGGAACAGGUUUGCUCAUUCAUAACAACUGGACUUUUUCACCACACUCUUCACUAUGUAACAAUACUAGUUUUGAAUUCCAUGCUAUUACUACAAUGCAACCCACAAAAAUCCAUGUUGUCAUCUAUCGCCCUCCAGGUCAGCUGACAAACUUUGAGGAGUUGGAUGUCCUGCUGUCCUCCUUGCCGGAGGAUGGUAGGCCACUUGUGGUUCUUGGUGAUUUCAACAUACACCAAGACAAGCCCCAGGCCACUGAAUUGAAUACUCUCCUGGCCUCAUUUGACUUGGAAAAACUACACACCACAGCAACUCACAGAUCGGGCAACCAGCUGGACCUCAUCUUUACACGCCAGCACGUGCUACACCACCCAGCCCCUGGCUGUCUGACGUCUUUCGUGAACAUCGGACUGACCUCAGGGCAGCUGAGAGGAGAUGGCGGAAAUCUAAAGAUCCAGCAGAUCUAGAACAAGCUGCUGGAUGACAAUCAGUCAGACUUUAAAAGUGGACACUCCACCGAGACCGCCCUGCUGUCUGUCACAGAGUCGCAGAGAC